AUGCUGACAAUUUCGCUAACAGGAGCGGAUAUGGAAGAUGAUCUGACAAGAUGCAUCGACGCUCUCUUCAUCGCAGAUCCUGAAAUGGACCUGGAGGAAUUGAUCGAAUCAAAAGGCGGAUUCGUUGAAGGAACCACGCUCUGGGCUAUUUUUACUGCUACAAUAAAGGAUCCCGAACUGGGUCCGGUGUAUUGUGUUCUGGAUGGGCUCAACGACUUUCCUCCAGACGAGCGUAGAUGGCUUGUCAGCAGUUUUCAGGCGCAGUUCGGAAGAUCAUCUGGAGCUCAGGUUCAACCAGAAACUCUCAACACUUUCAAACUCAUCAUAUCCAGCGCUGCCAAUGAAGGUUUCCAUGAAUGCCUUCAUCUGACUCCGACGCUUGACAAGAAAGACCCCAAAAAUGAUCUCAAAUGUGUCAUCAAGGCCAGACUUGCGCGCCAUCGACACUGGGGAAUUCUGGACAUGGAAUCUCAAGAUGCAUUGGCUGGUGAACUCAGUCUUCGUUCCGAAGGACUUUUUUCAUGGGUUGAUGUCAUGCUUGAGGAUCUUUAUCCAGCGAAGACACUUUCGGCAAUGAUGAAGAAGAUGGAUCAAAUACCAUGUGGUCUUCGCCACGUAUUUUUGCGCCUCCUUGUGCAGAUUGACGAUAAGUCCCGCCGCGAGACCGCCAAGAUCCUUCAAUGGGUUGCUUUACUCCGAAGACCUGUCACAGUGGCUGAAUUGACAGACCUUAUCCACCCCGACGCUGAAGAGCCUGAAGAAGAACGCCAAAGAAUACAAGAUCUCGUCAGCGAAUCCUAUCCACUGAUGAGGAUCACGAAAGCGGGCUGGGAUUAUGAGGAACGUGAAGCUGAAGAGGACAUAAUUCUUCCUCUACAUCGGUCAAUUGCUGAUUACAUGUCCAAUAUCGACAUGGAUUCAGCCAUCAAAGAUUUCUACUUCAAGCUAGAGAAAACACACUAUGAAAUUGCCAAAAUAUGCCUCGAUGAGCUCCAAAUUUGGUUCAAACGUGCCGAAGAGACGGAAUCUAUUAUCGAAUCAUGGCAUACGAGAGGAAGUGGCGAGGAGUCCCUCCAUUUCUUGGUAGCCGACAGCAUCUUCUUCCAUGAGGAAUCGCUAUUUCGUACUGUUUGGUGGUACGAGCACAAGAACAAUGCUCGCUAUCACAGAGGAGAAGAUGACAGGAUAAAAGAGGUACUUCCGUCAACCAACAUUCUUCACAUCUGCUCAGGGUUGGGCUUCCUUCAAAUAGUCCGGACGCUGCUAGAAAAGCAUCCAGACGCCGCAUCUUACGUCAACGAAGAGGAGGAGGACGGCGAUACACCUCUCUCAUAUGCUACACGUUAUAACCAUAGCGAUGUUGCCGAGCUACUCGUUCGCUAUGGUGCUCACGUCAUGAGGCAAAUAAACGAGAUAUAUUGGAACAAUCUUGAGUAUGCAUUUCACAUUCCAGUUAUCAAUGCUUUCGCCAACGCCAAUGUACGGCUGGCUAGAUUCCUAAUCAAGCCUACCUGCGCUCAGAUAGACGAUCCAUCUCGGAAAGUUAUGCUGGGCAUCUACCUGAUUUGCGAGGAAGCCUGCGUAUCCAAAGGCACCAAGAGCAGACAGCUCGCUGAGUUAGUAUUGGACAACAUCGAGAUCAACAUUACCGAAAUGAAGGAAAUGUUCAGUUUGGCACCGUGGAGAAGAUCGGUAUAUGGUCAUCCGUCGGAACGAGACAACUUGGACAACUUGGACGUUCCGGACUUGAUCAUCUAUCGACUUUUGCGUUCUGAUCGCAAAGUUCUCCGCGAUGUUGACAUCUUUCCCAGUGCUGUUGGAUAUGCUGCUCGACAUCCCAGCAUUGGCGCUGAGCUGUUGCGUGCCUGUCUCAUUCACGACGUCGAGGACACACUUCCAUUGGAAAGACCCUACGAUUUCUCCUACGAAUUUAACUACGAGAAUGAGGUCAUUGACACUGCCUUGUGCAGGGGCAGCUUCGAAGUGCUGUCUAUGCUUAUCAAAGCUGGCAGUAAGGUGGCAGACCCUAGAAAGAGUUCGCUGGUCUUGAGGAUAUCAGAGAAGGUUCUCAGACUUUCAGACUCAAACUUCAACCUUGCUGUUGCACAAGGCAUUUGCAAGCGUCUGCUAUUGACGGACGAGGACAUCAAUGCUAGGGUCACGUUUCGGCGGCACAGAGAGUCUGACAAUCUCACGUUGUUGGACCUUUACCUCAGAGGCUUGCUUUUUGCAAAGACAGCCAGAUUUGCUCUAUUCCUCAUGCAACAUGGAGCACGUUGCAGCGACGAGGAGGACUCGCAACGCUUACUGCUGUACCUAGCUCCGUUGGCUCGAGGCGUGGUGACUGACGACGAUUGGGACUGGUUUGUUCGUGCUUUUGAAGGGGAUCAGCACGGCCGAUGCUAUUAUUGA